AACUCUGGUCUAGCUACGCGGUUGUUACUAUACUAGCAAGGACAGACAGAAUUUUAGGCGUUUCUUCUGGAUUGCCACGAUACUGUGUACAGCACGGAGACUGUACUUACUAUGCACCUUGUAGCAUCCAUUCCAAUUUCCAGCACGACGGAGUACGGUGUACGAUAAGACGGGGAUAAGAUAAGAUCCAUAAUUUUCCCAUCACUACUAUGUCGUGAGACCAUUCCUGGGUCGUUCCGACCAAUGAUCAGGGCAUGACGCCAUGCUGGGGAUCCGAGCAGGACCGUCAGUCCAUGACGCCAUGUUCACGCAGCCGUCUCGACUAUCAUAUAAAUCUCAAUGCUGAGAGGACUGGUGAAUCGACCUAUUCCUCUUGAUUUAGAUUUGGAUUGAUCUCAUGCCGAUUGGUUCAUUCUUUUGACCGAUUUGACAGUCCACCAUGGCAGCGAAGGUGUUUCAGCUCAAGUGCGGGUGUAAGAACGACCCCUGGGGCAAAACAGGCAAGGACUCGUUAGCCGGCGUCCUGUGUUCUAAGACCCCUGGGGCUUUGGAGUGGGAUGACUCCAAGACGUAUUCCGAGAUGUGGAUGGGUACCUAUCCUACCGUUCCCUCUCGGAUCCUGGCCACCGACGAACUCCUCAGCGAGUAUCUCCAAAAACACCCCGAGGUCGUCGGCCAGUCGGUGCUGGAGAAAUGGGGCCCUGAAGUCCCGUUCCUCCCCAAAAUCCUCUCCUUCAGCAAAGCCCUCCCCCUCCAAAUCCACCCCGACAAAGCCCUCGCCGAAAAACUCCACCAAACCGAUCCCAACAAAUACUCCGACCCGAACCACAAACCCGAAAUCGCCAUCGCCCUCUCCAACUUCGAACUCUUCGCCGGCUUCAAACCCCUCUCCGACAUCUCUACCCUCAUGAGAAUCGCCCCCCUCCAACGCUUCCUUCCCCCCGACCACCCCCAAACCUUCACCGACUCUCACCUCCGCGACCUCACCCGUACCCUCCUCAGCCUCCCCGCCUCCCUCAUCUCCACCACUGUUAACGAACUCCUCUCCAUCCCGGAAUCCAACUUUGGUCCGACCCAGCGGUACAUCCCGGGCCUCCUCGACCGUCUCCGCAAACAAUACCCCGAUACCGACCCCGGGAGUCUCGUCGCCGUCUUACUCAUGAACUACAUGACGCUCGGCCCCGGCGAAGCCGUUUGUGUUCCGGCAGAUAGUGUGCAUGCGUACCUGUGCGGAGAUAUCCUGGAGUGUAUGGCCCGGUCGGACAAUGUGCUGAAUACGGGGUUCUGUGCCCCGGCGGAGAGGGAUGAUGUCGGGUUGUUUACGGAGGCGUUAACUUUCAAGCCGCACGCCGUGGACGAGGGGGUGUUGGGGAGGAGGAAAUCGGUGGUUGGGGGGAUUGGGGAGGGGAGGACGGAGGUUUAUCAGCCGCCGUUUGGGGAGUUUGGGGUUUUGGGCGUGAGUCUGGGAGCCGGGGAAAGGGAGAGGCAUGGGAGGCUGGAGGGAUUGAGUUUGGUGGUGGUUGUGAAGGGGAAAGGGUGGAUGGAGGUGACUGGGGGGGAAGGGGAGGGAGAGAAGUGGGAGAUUGGGGAGGGAGCGGUGUUUUUUGUAGGUGCUGGGGUGGACUUGGAGUUUGGCACUGAGAAGGGGUUGUUGGUUUAUCGGCCGUAUGCGGAGUAAAAUGCUGUGGUGCGGGUGAUGUGUAUUUAUAGGGUUGUCCGGCUAUGGGUGGGCUGGACGAGUACAUGGAGUUGGAGGGAAGAUUGCACCUGGGAUGUGCUGAAGGGCAUUUUAUGUCACUAGUCAUGUACCUCGUUAAUUAUAGAUCAACUCUAGCCUUACACAGAU